ACACUACUUUGGAGAGCGUACCAAAGAGCGCGAUCAACGGCUGAGACGUUCAUUAAUUCUCAAUCGGCCGCAGCUCUCUCUAUAUGCGAUAAGAAAAGUUAAAAACAAAAUCAGCUGUAACACCCGAUUGACAAUAAAUACUAUUAGCAGGUAAAAAUCGGCUUUUUGAUUAGAUUGAGCUGAAAAACUAGAGCAAAUUAAGGCAGGCUGCAGCAUACCUAUUAAGCUUUUCAAAUAACAAAACUUAAUCUAAUUAUUGCUAUAUUAUAAAGAAAAUAGGUCAGCUUGUAAUUUGGAUUUGAUUGAGUUCAAAAAGUGUAACUGGUGCCCAUAAACCUUCAAAUCUAGCAGCUAAUAAGCCUUUAAGUGUGUAGGAUAUAAUAUAAGAACAAAUAUAUUUUGGAUUGAUCAGUAAGUUGGUAGAGAUGAGCCAGGUGAAAUCCGUACUUUGCGUGGGCUGCACGGUGAUCGACUUUGUGACCAUCUGUGGCAGUUAUCCCAAGGAGGACACCGAUCGACGUUGUCUGGAUGGGUUCUGGCAACGUGGCGGGAAUGCCUCAAAUGUGAGCACUGUUCUCCGGGUGCUCGGCUCCAGGGUGGACUUCUUCGGAAUGCUCAGCAGAUCGGAUGCGUUUCGAGUGCUGCUCGAGGAUCUGCGAAGGCGGGAAAUCGGCACCAAGAAUUGCCCCCAGACGGACAGGGAUCCGCCCUUCUCCUCGGUGAUCCUGGCACAGGAUGCUGGCACACGCACUAUUAUCCACUGCAACAAGGACUAUCCGCAGACCACCUGGGAUGACUUCAGCAAGGUCGAUCUCUCUCCGUAUGCAUGGGUGCACUUCGAGGCCCGCAACACGCCGCACGUCUUGAAAAUGAUGCAGAGCAUCCGGGAUCACAGCGAAAGAACCGGACAACGCAUCCUCAUCUCGUUGGACUUGGAAACGAGGUACGAACAGAACCAGGAACUGUGUGCACCUUGUGACUAUGUGGUUUUCUCCAAGGAGCUGGCCGCCCAGUUGGGUUGGCAGACGCCGCGGCAAACAUGUGAGCAGCUGGCCGCCAACAUUCCCGGAAGCGGUCCUAAGCCGGCCUUCAUAUGCCCCUGGGGCAGUGCCGGCGCCGGAGCACUGGAUGCCAAUGGGAACUACCACGAGUUGGCUUCCUACAAGCAGGAGAAAGUGGUGGACACGCUGGGAGCCGGAGACAGCUUUAUGGCCGGAUUCAUUCAUGCCACUCUCGAGGGUCAACGAAGCCUAUCGAAUGCUGUGGACUUUGCCAACCGAGUGGCCAGCCACAAGAUCACUGGAUUCGGCUACGAUCACAUUGCACAACUUAGCUUAAGCUAAAACUAGCCUUAAAUCUAACUGAGAUUAUUUGCUUAACACUCUUUGGAAGAAUUUAUUAACUUAUAAACACCAGUGACGAAAAAUAUGUUUGCUUUAAAACCGUAACGAUUUGCGCAUUACUCAACAAAUAUUAUUAAUUUUUAC